AUGGCUGCUCCAACGCCAGCUGCUUCUGCACCAGCGGCCAAGAAGGUGACAAUCCUCGAUCUGCCAUCGGAGACGCAGAAGGAUAUCUUCAAGCAUGCCUCCUCCACCGACCUGAUUGCCCUAUCCCUUGUCUCGAAGCACUUCAGAGACAUCGCCGCUGAGCAAUUGUACCGCAGUUUCCAUAUCGUCUUCCCUGAUGAAGAUGACCCUUCGAACGACUCCCCUAUUGAUGGUCUGGCAGGCGGGCUAGACACCUUUGUCACGAGCGAGUACGACAAUGCAAAAUACUUGAGAGAGAUCAUUCUAGAGACUCUGAGUGGAGGGGAUAAAGGUGAACGCGCAUACCGUCAUUACCUCUACGACGUAAGCUGCGGAAAGUUUAUGAAUACGCUGCUGCUCCUUACUCUGCGCAAGGCUAAGGCACUGGAGACAUUCAGAUGGGAUAUCAGAGUCGAACUCAGCCGCCAGGUCUUCAAGGCAUUGCAUCAAAUUCAAGCUUUACAACAUCUCCAUCUUCGAAUGCAAGUCGGCCACUCGAUUUACCAAACCCCGCCAGCACUCGCAACGCCUUCCCUUGGUCCUACCAUCAUAGACCUUACACUUCCGCCACCCCCUCAUCACAGUGCCCCAUUGAUGGUGCCGCUACCUCCAAUGCCGCCAAAUUACCAGGGUGGCAGUUCUCCGAAUUCAUUCGCCUUUGGUAGUCAGAUGUCUACAAAACUCCACAAAAAGAACACCAGAAAAAUCAGCGAAUUGAUUCCAUUAAAGAGACCACCACCAACGAUCUCUGGUUUCAAUAACCUGAAGACGCUGUCAAUAUUGGACAUGGAUACCUUGGACUACAUCCACGAGCUGAAGACUUGUGUUCGGAACUGCUCGCCAACGUUGAACACCCUUAAGUUAUCAUUCUCCGAAGCUCUUGCAAACAAGUCGAGGAAGCCUCCGCCAGAGGUCCAAUCCGAUGAUGAUUCCGAUCAAGAAGAUGAGUUCGGACAGAUCAUUGUGCCCACUGGCCCACCUCCGCCGAUGGGUGGUGCCUCAGAUCCAAACGGUCCCUCCAAGGCUCUCAAGGCAGCAGAAGAGAAGAAGAAGCAAGAGGCGGUGUUGGGCAAAAUAUUCGGCAUGGACCCUCCUGUAUUCAGACCCAAGCCUCCACCUCCACCUCCCAAGGAGGAAGUCAAGAAGGAAUCAAAGCCGGAAGAGGAUCCGAAGAGACGCUUUAUCCGAAACCUUGCUCCAGUAGCUGCAAAACUAAUGGCACAUGUUAAGCCGGGCAGUGACCUGACUGAUGAGGGGAAGGAGACUCUGAGUAUGAUCGAGAAGGCUGCAAAGAUGUAUAUUGAAAGCAUAGACAAGGGGAAAGAAAAGGAACCGGGAGAGGCUAGCGGGAGCAGCACGGCAAAAGCAACCCCAGCAUCAUCGAGUGCUGGUGUGGAUGAUGCAACCGAGGAAGACGCUGUUAUGAGUGGAGCUGCUGCCACUGGCCCAGGCCUUUUUGACGACGACGAAACCCCCAAGAAAAAGAAGCGACCGACCAGCACAGAGACAGGUGUUUCGGACCCAGAUGAGAUCAAUAUCGAGGAGCCGGAAGGAGAAUUGGCCAUUGAAGAAGGCGCGCCCGAAACCACUUCAGAAGAGACUGCUGAAUCGGCCGAGACCAAAGAAGACAAAGCCGAAUCUACAGGCGCGGCGAUCGACGCCAUCAGUUGGGCAAAUAAACUGCAUGUCCUUGAUCAUCAUAUGGCCAUUCGAAAUUCCCACGAAGAGAUCGAGAAGGAGGGCGAGAAAUUGAAGAAGCGAAUGGAGGAGUUCAAGCUGAAGCUACAGUCUGGCAACAUUCAAGAUGCCGAUUAUAAGGUGGUUGAGGAGGCAGAAGCUGAGUUCAAGCGCGUCGCCCUUCGUGUUGAGGAACUCUCAAGGAAUAUGCAAGAAGUCAACGAUGAAAUUGAUGACUUGAAGGCAACUAGCAAGGAGUUCAUGAGCACAUCUACCCAUUCGAAGAUGAGCGAGUAUGUUCGCACCACACGAGGCCUGACGCUCAAUACCCUGGCCAUUUACCUCAUACCUAUUAAAGCAUCUAUUCUUUCCAGAGCUGUUGAUGUCAACGUUCUUCAAAGUCUCACAUUGCUCAAUGUCGGUCCUCAAAUCCCCUUCUGGAACUUGCUCGUUCGCGAUAACAAAAACCACCCAUUACCUCUGCGGAAGAUUUACACAGACAACGUCACAUUGCCGUUCCUUACACUCGUUGGGCAACUGGAUAUGAUGACCGAGCUUUUCAUGUUGGAGAGAACCGCAAAGACUCGAGUUGAGAGCACAGCUGCCAAGACGACCGUCACCAUCGAGCAUAUCCGGAAAAUGGCACUGAAGAAACAUGCCAGCACGUUGAAGAUCUUGAUGAUCAGGAACGAUUCAAGCAUGGAAUGGGACCUCAAUGUCAAGACUGCCAUGCUCCUGUGUCAACGAGCCAAGCAUCUAGAGGAGCUAGCCUGCAGCUUUGGCUUCCGAACAAUGCACACGCUCAUGCAAUUCUUCCCUGUCCUCACCUCUCUCCGCGCCCUCCACACGAUCCAACUCCGCAACGAAGACAAUUGCCACACGGUUCACACACAAUUCCGCAAAUUCCUCGUCGACAUCGUCGCUAGUAAUCCAGACGUGAAGCUCGAGUACAUUGCCCUAGUCGAUAACGUUGAGCGGCUGGUCCGUCGAAAACCAUCACCAAAAAAGCUCAAUGACAAGAAAGGCAAAGGUAAAGCUUCUUCAAACGGAAUGGACAAUACUUCGAAAGCCCUGGCGGAACUUAUCAUCGGUCUCGGCUCUUCCUCUACUUGGGGUGACGGCAGCGGUGCGAGUAAUGGCACAGCAACGCCAGUAAUGGUAGAGUGGCAGGAUAGCAGCGAUGAUGAGGACGUGGGUAUCACGGGGCAGACGGGGCUGAAGGUUGAGACGAUCGAGGGGAUUCGGUUCUGUGAUGUGGGCGGGGUGAGGAUUUUCGAGAAGGAUGUUUUGGCGGGACGGCUUUGA